AAUACCUUAAAAAGCCUAAGUUCCUUUAAUACUCGGCCCCUUACACGCAUUGAGACACCGACAGCAGCAUCCCAAAUGAACUGCAGUGCGCGCAGAAAAAAGAGGUGCGCAUUUGUACACCGAUAUCUUCUGAGGAAAGGCGCGCGAGAGAAAGUGCGGAGUGAGAGUUGCUCGUGCAGGCGGCGUGUUCACCUCCCACAUGUAACGUGGCAGCCAGCGAUGACCAAGCUCCUCAACAAGUGAAGCGUGCAGUCUUCAGUUCCCUGAACGAUCGCGCCAUGGUCGCGGUGAGCGCGGAGAGCCCCGUGGAUCAGUACCAGACGCUGGCGUACGACACCGCGCUCAGUACUGUACUCGCGGUGCUGGUGUACGCGGUGGUGAAGGUCAGCCUGGACGGGAUCCGUCAGUGGCGGGCUCGGAUCUCGGUUCUGAUCGUGGGCUCGGGUCCGAUCGGGCUGACCGCGGCUCUGGUCGCUGUCCGCUCCGGUAAGGUGCUGAAACUGACUCUUCUGGAUGAGCGCUACCGGAGCGCGCUGCUCUGCAGACCGCAGCAGAUCGCGCUGGACCCCCGCAGCGUGCGCUUCCUCCUGGACCUGGGGGUGGAUUUUGACAACAUGGAAGGCUGCUGGCACAACGAGCACUUCUUCACCAAGAUCGGAGUUUUUCAGGAGUAUUUGUUGAGCAUCCUGGAGCAGAAGAAGAAAAAGGUUGAUGUGGAAAUCCAUUUGGGUACAAAGUUUAGCGAGGAGUACCUGAGGAAGAUGCCGAGGGGUGAAUGGCCACGGGUGAUUGUGGUUGCAGACGGUUCGUGUGGAGACUCCUGCUCGGUGCUGGGCAUCAGCUCUGAUUACAUCGUAGAAUCAUGUCACGCUUACGGCGCUAAUGCUACUAUAGAAAGACCGGACCAGAGACAGGUCCCCACACCUGAGAUCCGUGCACAUAGUCUGUAUUUUGAUCUGUCGGCGUACGGGAUCGACACUGUGAGGGAAUCACGGCGCUCCUCGCAGCCGGCAGCGAAGCCUGGAUUCCACCUGAAGAUCUACGGGACGUUCAGGAACCGCUGCAUGGCUCUGGCCUGCACUUCAGACGCAGACUCCAAGAUGAUGCAUUUCCUGCGCCACACGGCCAACUCCUCAAUCAUGAAGAACAUCUUCCACCAGUCGUUCAACGCGUAUAAGACGGACAUCGAGCCGCGUCUGAGUGAGCUGACGCUGCACCACAUGCAGUGCAGCCGCAAGCUGUUCCAGAUCAUGCUGUCCUACAGACGCGUCAGUGCGGCUUACAUCGAGGGAGACAACGUCGCCGUGACUGUGGAAGGAGAAGCUGCACGCGUGCUCAACUUCGACACUGGUUGUGGUGUGAAUCUGGGCCUGCGAGGCCUGGAGUCUCUGGGACUGUUCAUCUACCGGACGGCCACGGCUCUGGACCAGAACGACGUGUUCGAGGCGCUCUCGGCCAAACUCCAGCACUCCAGACACGUGGCAGAGACGUUCAGGAAGAGCGGGCUGGCCUCGGCUGUGUUUGAAUGACCCUGAGCGUCUGUGUGUGUGUGUUUUUGAGUUAUGAGACACUGUUUUCCAAAUGAAUGUUGUUCAGUUUUUUUGACGCAAUGUAUUUUGUUUAAAGCACUAUAUAAAUAAACUUUGACUUACAACACGUGUAAUGCUUACAAAUUGAGCGUUUUUGAAAUGUAGAAUAUUCAGUGCGCAUUAGAGCGACCAGAAUUGGUGUAUUAGCAUUUCAUUUGGUGUAAUGUGAAGAUAAGUGCAUUGUGUUUUUGAGUCACCAACAGGACAAACAGGUCAGACGGCAUGCUGUGAAGAUGAAUAUGUGCCUGCACUUGAGUCUGAGAUCAUCAGAUCUGUAGAAAUGACAGAAAUGAGAUUCUGUUCAUGUUACAGUACACACAGAAAUAAAGAUCUCUAUUUAUUUUGUGAUAUUUGUUAAUAAAAUAAAGCGUUUGCCUUUUAAUUCAGUGCAUUCCUUCUUAUCCAAGUGUAUACUUGUGAUCUGAAGAAGGGCAAUUAUAGUUCACGUAAAAUAAAACAAACAAAUGAAUUAGCGGAAUAUAAAACAUUAAUAAACAUUUUAUUUCAACUAGCUGACAGGUUAACAUUUAUCAUUUUCAUUUGCAGCAGUUUAUCCUGAUGUCCUAAAACGACUAAAUCUAAAAUACAAUUAAUAAACGCAAUAAAAUUACUGAAAACCUAAAUUAAAAUGAUUAUAAUAGUGACGCUUAUGCUAAUAUAACGCUGAUUUGAAGUCUUUCAUUUGUACGAGUGAAAAAAAAAAGGUAAAUAAUACAAUGUAAACAAUUAUGUUUCUAAUAAAAUAUUUAUUAUUUAAAAAUGAAUGAUCUCCUUUCAGAAGUCAGGCGAUGAUGUAUAUAUAUAAAUUAAUUUUAGCUUCAGUUACCAUUGAAACAUUAACUUUAAAUACAAUAUUAUUGCAUGUUGAUGUCUGAUUAUACUAAAUGAUUCGAAUAUUCAUAUAUAUUCAAUGUGAAUGUAAACAAUUUAGUAAUUUAUUAUAAUUAAUGAGUAUAGUUUAGUGCAGUAUCAGUACUUUAUAAAUAAAUGUUUCCCCCUUACAUCAUAUCAGCAUCUUCACAAAUGUAUCGAAGCAUAUUUAUCAGUAUUAAUGUGUAAUACACCCUCAUUGAGUUAAUUAUAAAAAAAAAAAAA